AACAAGACAUCGGGCGGUGAUUGGCUGCUGGGAGGGGCGUGCAGUUGUGACGUUAGGGGAUCCAGUAAAGAUGGCGGCGGUGACUAGAGGCUCCUUCACUGUCUUUAGACAGCUGCUGACUCAUCAUUACCGUCGGCGAUGUUUCCGGCCGCUGAGCUUCAGGCCCGACCGAACGCUUCAGCCUCCGAGCUUCAGAUAUGAAACGGACCUCAAGAUUUUCAGCGGCAGGACGCUGCACUCCUCCGCCGUGAGUCGACGACCAAUCGUCUCAUUCAAACUGUCCGACAUCGGAGAGGGAAUCAUGGAGGUGACUGUGAAAGAGUGGUAUGUGAAGGAGGGGGACAAGGUGUCUCAGUUUGACAGUAUCUGUGAAGUUCAGAGCGACAAGGCGUCCGUCACCAUCACCAGCCGCUACGAUGGAGUCAUCAAGAAACUCUACUACGAAGUGGACGGCACCGCUCUGGUGGGAAAACCCCUUGUGGACAUCGAGACUGAGUCCAGCUCGGAGGUCAUCCAGGAGGAGGACGUGGUGGAGACGCCCGCCAUGGCUCGAGAGGAACACACCCACCAGGAGAUCAAGGGUCUCAAGACUCAGGCCACGCCCGCCGUCAGGCGUCUCGCCAUAGAGAACAAUAUUAAGCUCAGUGAGGUGGUGGGGACGGGAAGAGACGGACGUAUCCUGAAGGAGGACAUCCUGAGCUUCCUGGCGAAGCAGACCGGCGCCAUCAUCCCUCCGACCCUGUUCCAGGAGAUCCAGCCUCCGGCUCCACCUGCUGCUGCCAGGCCCGUGAGCACUCCGGCAGCCAUCAAAGCUCCACCCAUUACGCCCAAACCUGUCUUCACCGGGAAGGACGUCACCGAGCCCCUCAAAGGUUUCCACAGAGCGAUGGUGAAGACCAUGACGGCGGCGCUGAAGAUCCCCCACUUUGGUUACUGCGACGAGUUGGACCUGAGCCGCCUGGUGUCUCUGAGAGCCGAGCUCCGACCCAUCGCUGAAGGUCGCGGGGUCAAACUGAGCUACAUGCCCUUCUUUAUCAAGGCGGCCUCCCUCGGACUCCUCCACUUUCCCAUCCUGAACUCCUCAUUGGACGAGGGCUGCCAGAACAUCACAUACAAGGCGUCUCAUAACAUCGGCCUGGCGAUGGACACCGCCAACGGUCUGCUGGUUCCCAACGUGAAGAACGUCCAGCUGCUGAGUGUGUUCGACAUCGCUCAGGAGCUGAACCGCCUGCAGGCGCUCGGAACCGCCGGGCAGCUGGGAACCAACGAGCUGAGCGGAGGAACCUUCACCCUGUCCAACAUCGGAUCGAUCGGAGGGACGUACGCCAAACCGGUCAUUCUUCCUCCCGAAGUGGCCAUUGGAGCUCUGGGAAAAGUCCAGGUUCUCCCCCGGUUCGACGCCGGCGGUCAGGUGGUCCGAGCUCACAUCAUGAACGUCAGCUGGUCAGCGGACCAUCGCGUCAUUGACGGCGCCACCAUGUGUCGGUUCUCCAACCUGUGGAAGGAGUACCUGGAGAACCCGGCCAGCAUGGUGCUGGACCUCAAAUAGAGCGGAGAGGAAUAUUUCCCAUCAGCCCCGGGGAGACCUUCCCUUCUCCUCCCGCCGCCUUGGCUUCGUCUUCCUGUUGCAGGCCUUCCCGUUCACUCGCUGCGGUUUUAUUUGUUGCCUUUUGAGCGAGGCAGCGGGAGACGGAGGAGGGGUUAGCCCUGUGUUGUUUCCAUGACGACCAAUAGCGCACACAUACACACACACACACACACUAACACACACACACACACACAGUGGAGGCUAUAGGUAGUUAGUCUGUUUCUAAUGUUCCAGGAAAUCAAUUACAAAUCAUGACCAAUUCUAACGGACGUUACUGAAACCAGUUGACGUGCUGGGAGGGAGAACUGGUGUGGAGGGGCCCUGCGGUGUGUCACCGUCACAGGUUGCUCAUCAUUGACCCAGAUUCAAGUGUUGUCACCUAAACAUUUGACGUCUUCUGAAGCUGGUCUGAGAUCAGUUCAAGUGAAACAUUGAAAACAGCAGGAUGCUCCUCUUUAAGAACUUGGAAGCUCGCCGUGUUGGUGGCGUAAAGUUCUCAGUAGAACCGGGCUCCUGUUCCUCAAACAUCAGAGUCCAAUUACCUGAAACUGCUGCUGACGUUCUGUAUUUUUAAACCCUAUUUAUCCACUGUGUGAUCUCCUGGUUUAAAGGUGUCUCUGUAUGCAAAUGAGGUGGGCGGAGCAUCACAGGUUGCUGUCCGUCAGGUUGAGGGUCAUGUGACUAAACUGUUUUAUUUAUCAACAGGACCAAAUAUGAUUCUCGUCUCUGAGGUUUUUGAUGAACAUACGGUCAAACUAUUAAAUGACGAAAUUAUUCUGGUGUUGAUCGUUUCAUUUGAUCAGAAAUCAGCUUGUCAAUCAAAUGAUUAAAAGGUAUAAAUCAACAUGUAAUUCAUCUGGUUCUGGUUCAACCUCCCCGCCCCCCCUCCAGAAUCAGAACUGGUUUCAUAUUACGAUCUGUGUACCAGAUCAGAACCAGUUUGUCACCCUACUGGGUCCUAACCAGUGUCUCUCCCUGAUCUAUCUGAAUGGAUCAGAACCAGCUCCGCGGGUCCUUUGUGUCGUGUGUAAACAAGUCCACCUUUAGACCUGGUUGUGGUCCAACAUGUCUCUUCAUUUGGAGAACUGUUACAGAACCUGUGAAUAUCUCUGGUGUUGGUUUUUUUCUUCUCGUUUUUUUUCUUCUCUGUUUUGUUGUUUUAGUUUUUAGCGACGAACUAAAUGUAAAACUGUAAAAACAAAACAAAAAAGGUGUCGUUUUUUUCUAUUUUUAGGAAUGUUUGAAUCUGGUGAAAAACUUUGAAUAAAGUUGAAGUGCACAAAACUUAAA